GAAGAGAGAGGCUGAAGAAGAAAGAAUGAAGAGAGAGGAGGACCGAGUGAGGAAGGAGGAGGAAGAAAAAAAGAGGAGGAUUGAGGCAGAAGAAGAAAGAAUUAAGAGAGAGGAGGAUAGGCUGAGGGAGGAGGAGGAAGAAGAAAGGAGGAGGAUUGAGGAGGAAGAUCAAAUAAUUAAGAGAGAGGAGGAUAGGCUGAGAAAGGAGGAGAGAAGGAUGAGGGAGGAGGAAGAAAGAGUGAGGAAGUCCGCAGAGGAAGAUUGGCUGAGCGAGGAAAUGGGGAUAAAGAGGAUGGAGAAGGACAGAAGAAUUAAGAGGGAAGAGGAGGAUAGGCUGAGAAAGGAGGAAGAGCUGAGGAAGAUUAGGGAAAAUGAAGAAAGGCUAAGGAGGGAAGAGGAGGAUGAUAUGCAGAGAAAGGAAGAAGAGCAGAGGAAGAUGAGGAAUGAGGAGGAAAGGAUAAGGAGAAUAGAGCAGGAGAUGUUGAGAAAGGAAGAAGCAGAAAGAACGAGGCUUGAAGAAGAAAGGGAAGUGGAGAGAAGAAGAGAUGAGGAGCAGAGAGAACUGAUGGAGGCGAAAGAGAGGUUUAGGGUGGAUGAAGAAAAUAUGAAAAAAGAGGAGUUGAGAGGGCAGGAAGAGAAGAUGACAGAGAAGGAGAAAAAGAAGAAUGCACAGAUGGAGGAAAAGCGAAGGCAUGAGGAAGUGAGGGUAAAGUUGGACAAAGUUGAACAACAAAUGAAGCAGAAUAAAGAGGCAGAGGCCAUUGUGUGCAAUAAUCCUUUUGAGGAAGUCUCUCCUACCACUUCAUGUGAUGACAACUCUUCAAAUAACCCGUUUGAGGAGACCCCCACAACCUCUUCUACUGGUCCCAUCAGCUGCCGAACAAAUAAAGUAUCAGCAGUUAAGCCAAGACCCUCUUCAUGGGUGAACCCUUCUCAGCCUAGUAUGUCUUCCAACCCCUUCUUAUCGUUCUUGUCUCCUGAAAUGGAGAUUUCUAUGGACUCCCCUAGAGUCGAUGGGGAAACCAGAGGUGCCCAGGACCCGUCUACUGAUCUAAUGGAGAAGAAAGACCCUGCCCUUCUGCCCCCCAACAACCAGCGCUGGGCUCGUAUGGACAACUGGCCUAGCAAGGGCAACGCUCAUUCUGUCACAGUGAACCUCGCCCAAACAAAGCCACCAAAACAGCCACCACCUCCAAGGCAUCAAUCUUCCACGUCACUGGUGGGAUGCGGGGAUGACCAGGAGAGUGUUAGUGGUCAGGACCAUUCCAGUAUCAGGAUGGACAAGGGUCCCGCUCCAGACAGACCAAGCCAGGCUCCAAGCCAGACACAGAGGGACCAGAGUAUGACUAGAGUGAACCUGGGACAUAAGGACAUAGGUGCCUCCAUGUCCAAGGUCUCUCAACGUGUGGUACAGAUGAUCACACCACUGAGAUUUUCCUCCACUGCUACAACAGAACACACAAGUGGAGGCCAGAGCUCUACCCACCAUGGGAACCAACCAGAACAACACAUGCCAUCUGCCACUGGGGGGUUGAGGGUGGCUAAACACAAUAAAGGUCCAGCACCUUCUAGGCCCCAGUACCCUCCAGGGAAGACAAUGCCAAAAGUUGAUGUAUUAGAUAAGCAAUUGAAUGCUGAGGAACAUGACUCUUUGGUUGAGUUUGAUACAAAUAAUCCCUUUGCAGAAUACUGCAGAAUGGAGAAGUCCUCUGGAUAUGGUGAAGAACAGAGACUAACUGGUGAACAUCAGGAGAGCCUAGACUCUCACAAUCAUCAGACUUGUACCUCCACAGAAGCAAAUCCAGGUUCAAUGCAGAAUAGUGUGGUUGGGGACUCAAUGGAGCUUCCAACGCCAGAUGUUCUGCUAGCUGAGGAUGGCUCCCGUCCCAUCAAAAACACAUUAGCAAAGCGGGUCUGUGUUCCCUUGCCUCCAUUGAAGAAAACAUCCACAUAUAGAGAGGAGGAUACUGGUAAACAGAGUUCUGUAAAACUACAAAGCCCAGGGGCUUCCUCUUUGAGUAAUCUUUCCUCAAGUAUCUCAGAAAAAAUGCAGAAUCGCGGUGUGGGUGUGGCACUAACUUGUGUUAACAUUGCCCAGCCCCCAUGUGUACCCUCACCUGCCCCCCCCUUCUUACCCCAACCCAAACCCCUGAAGGGAUCAGGGGGCAGGAGUAACUGUCCUCCCCAGACAAGCUCUCUCCCCGGCCAGAGGACCCUGCUUCAGGCUGGAGCUAUGUCCUCCGUUGCAGAGCAUUGCAGUGGAGAGGAGGCGGGAGGGAGAGGGGACAGGCCUACCUCAAGCACACGCAGGCCCCAUCCAGUAAAGCCCUUGAGCUUCCUGGAAAACCAGCCAGCCUCCAACAUCCAGGCGGGGCAGACUGGCAUAUCUACAGGAAUCCUCGGUGUCCUUCAAGAGAAGUUAAAGGUCAAAGACACAGGGGUCAAAGGUCAGUACUCCCAGCUGACCCAGGAGGAGCUGAUCUCCCUGGUGGUGAAGCAGCAGGACCAGCUCUCCAAGAGGGACAACAAGAUCAAGGAGCUGGAGCAGUACAUUGACAACCUGCUGGUGCGCAUCAUUGAGGAGCAACCCAGUAUCCUGAUGUCCAUGAACUCACUCAAAUGAGACGUCUAGAAAUAUAUAUUUCUACAUCCUGUUCCUAAUCAUUCAGAGCAAGGCUUCCUAGAUGUUUAUUUCCCUCAAUGCCUAUGUGUUAGGCUGUUUGAAGAAUUCCUGCUUGCCUCCCAAAGAACGUUUCAUUCACCUAUGUAUAACAUGCCAAGCACUGGCUUCGUCUAUUCCUACUGAACAGAUGCACUUUUGAUUGUUCAUUACAUUUUGAAUGUUGUCUAAACUCUAAAUAAUGGUAUCUUAACAACUACAACUCUAUGGUGUGUGUGUGUAUAAGAACAUGAACCAAAUCCACACAGGCCUGUUAGGUGCUGUACAUUUUUGGCAGUUGGUUUGGUUUGUCUUUCUAUUAACGUUUUGAUGUGAUUGUAAGGAGUGUGAUAUGAAGGUUAAAUCCAGAGCAAAACCACUGAAGAAGGAAUUGAAUAGUAACAAAAAAAAAGAACAAAAAAAAGAAAUCUCCAACAGAACAGUGGCACAUUGAGUUUGUGUAUUUGGUAACACUAGGCAGACAGACCGGUAUAAUAGGGGUCAUACCGGUAACAAGUAUUAACAUUAAUUACAACCACAUUAUAAUGAGCUAUACCUGUCGGUAAAGGGUUACUUCGUAUUAUUGGUUGUCUGUGAACUAACAAAAUAAUGUGGAUAUUAUUCCCUCUUACUGUAUAACUCAUGUGUACAUAUUGAGAUGUCCUUUUCUUAUAUUGUAAACUUUGUUAAAGCACUUUGAAGAAUAAAUAAUUGAAAAAAUUAUAGUCUAAAGAAAC